GCAUCAUAGAAAUGUCAGUCUACGUGAGAUCGCCAAAUCAAACGGUCACAAGACAGAGAAUGCAAAAGCAGUAAAAUUAAAGACUUUAGUGCGAGAAAUGAAAUAAUUAAUUUUCUUGAAAUGAACCGUGUCUAGACAACAAACAAUGUUAAAACAUUGCCAAAGUAGUUCAGUGAGGUUACAACGAAAAUACCCCCAAAAUCCGGACUCUGUGAGCUUACACUCCAAUGUGACAACCCAGAGCACAGGAGAUUCAUCCGACUCGUCCUUAAACUCUAGUUUCAACAUGAACCACCACCUAGAGGUUUUCAACGUGCGUAAUGCACAAUUCGACCGAACCCUGUAUCUAUGUCCAACACCGGAUCCAAUCUCCUUGUCAUCCCGUACCUCCAGUUAUACAAGCUUAGCGGAGACGGGUCCAAAAACUCCGAUUAAAGUAUUUGCGUCAUGUCUCCGACCUGAUAUAGAAUAUAAAACCAUCAGUGUUGGUAUAUCAACUACAGCCAAGGACGUAAUCUGGCAGCUUCUCUCCAAGUUUAGGAUGAAACACAGGGAUCCUAAACUAUUCUUCCUCACCAUGGAGGUUGUUAUACAGAAACCAGGUCGUGAUGGUUUAACCAAGAAAACUCUAGUUCUCGAAGAUGAUUCUAAACCUGCGGAGUUAAAGAACUGCAACCCCUGGGGUGAGUGCAGGUUCAUGCUUCAAAUGAGAAAGGGGGGACUAGUCAAGGUGUACGAUAGUAUUCUCAUGGAGGAGUCACAGUAUAAAUGUUUACUCAUCAGUGAUGAAACAUCUGUUGAUGAUGUGAUAAAGAUUCUUCUGUUCUGCUACGGGUUGGAGAAGGUUGAACGAUCAGAUCGUUACUGCAUGUACGAACAGUGUAGUUCCCAGAGGUAUGAGAGAAGGUUGGGAAGUGAGGAUAAACCCUUAUGUAUCCAGGCUCUCUGGCCAGGUCCAACACCCUUCAGCUUUGUUUUAAGAAGGAGUCCAUUAAGGAUCGAGGACAAUGUUUGGAAUAAAGAGAGGAUGGAUAAACUAGGAGAUAAGAUGAGUAUGAUGAAAGUACACGGAGAACCCAGGUUAAGAUCGUAUCCAGCGAUCUCCGAGUGGUCAACCCAAACCUGCGAUCGAUUAUCCUCGAUCAGUGAACGGGGAUCGUUGGCAAGAACCAAAAGCGCUGGAAACCGACUUCAAAUAUCAGAGAGAAAAUUAUCUUUAUCAAGUUUGGAUGAGAGAGAUAAUUCCAAACACCGGAUUUACAAACCAACACCUAAGACCCUGAGCAGGUUUCAACCCCUGCAGACUCCGAAUUUCUCCAGGAUCCAGCGAGAUGAAGAGGAUAGCUGGCCAGAGCUGGAUAAAGAUAGUGAGGAGCAUGUAAGCAGUGGUGAAGAUAUGGAUACCAGUUUAUCUUCUAACGAUUCUCCAACUCCGCCCCUCACCUCAACCCCCCUGUGCGCCAACACACGUCCCUUCUCCUCCCGUCCUCCAGACCAGCAUUUAUCCGCUCCUAAACCAACAAUGUCCUUCCUUUAUCCAUCUCCGGAUUAUGAAUCUUUUCCCCACAAAUCGGUUCCAUCCCGUCCCUACUCCUCCCUCUCCUCCUCCUCUGUAUCCUUGUCACACACAACCAUGGCCCCUGCUCCGUCCCUUCCUCCUAAACCUGCGAGCCUAGCUUCACUAUUCUCCAGGGAUAGUUCGGAAUCUGGUGGUUUUCAUGAUUAUGAAAACUAUUUUUACAUCUAAAUCCUGAUCUAGAUCUAGAUCCUGAUCUUGAUCCUGAUUCUGAUCCUGAUCCUGAUCCUGAUCCUGAUCUUGAUCCCGAUCCAGAAACUGAACCUGAUCUUGAUCCAGAUCCUGAACUAACCUGAACCUGGUCUGAUCCUGAUACUCUAAACCCCAGAUCUCAACCUAAAGUUAACCAAAGAACAGUUGAUGGUGAAUUUAAUGUGACUUCCAACCCCAAUCCUCCAUUAUCUCCAUUUUAACCCUCCAAACCUUAAAUGUUCUCCAUUUUAAAACCAAUCCUUUCCAGUCCUUCAUCUAAUAUAUCUAAUCUAAAUGUUAAUGAAUGUUGUUAUAGAAUCUAGUCAUAGAAAUAUAUAUAUAUAUCCGAGUAGAAA